UUUUUUUUUGGAAGACGGUUUUUUGCUGAUUACAAGGUUUUUUAGCUGUUCUAAAAUUUGUAAAAAUUCCUUUUUUAGUUAUGCUAGUUAUCUUUUUGUUAAUAAAUUUAUUUUUUCAAUUUUCCUCUUCAAUUUCAAACAACAAAAACCAAGUCUCACAACUUUUAUUUGUAACAAUAGCAACAGAAGAAACUGAUGGAUUAAAACGUUUACAAAAAUCUGCUCAUCAUUUUGGACAUGAUUUAAAAAUUUUUGGAUUGGGAGAAGAAUGGAAAGGAGGAAAUAUGUAUUCUGAGGGAGGCGCACAAAAAAUACGUUUACUUCGAGAAAAUCUUUUGCCUUACAAAGAUGACAAUUUAAUCGUUCUUUUUACCGAUGCUUAUGAUGUUCUAAUAAAUUCAAAUUCUGAAACUAUUCUUCGAACUUUCUUUGCAUCCUUCCCCGAAACAAAAAUUUUAUUUGGAGCAGAAGCGUAUUGUUGGCCUGAUAAAUCUCUUGCUUCAAAAUAUCCUCCUAUUGUGUUUGGAGAAAGAUAUUUAAAUUCUGGAAUGUUUAUUGGCUAUAUCAAAGAAAUAUUAAAAAUGUUAGAAAUUGCAAAAGACCAAAAUUUACCUGACAAUGCUGAUGAUCAACUAUUUUAUACAGAUUUAUUUUUGGAUGAAAAUAUUCGGAUUUAUAAUUCUCUCUACAUUACUUAUCCAUUAAUUCUUCAUGGUAAUGGACCUGCAAAAAUUUUGUUGAAUCAAUUUGAAAAUUAUUUGGGUGAAAAUUAUUUGCAAAAAGAAGAGAAAUUAAAAACUUACCAAAAUAGCAUUAAAGAACAUUUAUUACCAACAAUUUGUAUGUCUAUAUUCAUCCAAAAACCAAUUCCUUAUUUUGAAGAAUUUUUAAUUAAAAUAUCAGAAUUGGAUUAUCCAAAAAGAAAAAUUAAUUUAUAUAUAGCUAGUAAUCAAAAAUAUAAUAUUGAAAUGGUUGAUGAAUUUAAACAACAAUGGGAAGAUUUUUACGCUUCUUUUGUUGUAAUUAAUUCUGUUGAGGUGAAGGAAUUUGCUGCUAGAACUAAUUCUUUUGUUUUUGCAAAAAAGACAAAAUCAGAAUUUUUAUUUAUUGUUGAUGCUGAUUCUCACCUUGAUCCUUCUGCUUUAAAAAAUUUAAUUUAUAAGGCUAUGAAUUAUGACAGAAGCAUUCUAGCUCCUUUACUUCUCCGCCCAGGAACACUUUUUAGCAAUUUUUGGGGAGCAAUAUCUGCAUAUGGCUAUUAUGCCCGUUCUCAAGACUAUGUUAGUAUUAUUCAAGGAAUCCGUAAAGGAAUUUGGAAUGUUCCUUUUAUUGGCUCUUCUUUUUUAAUUUCUUCAAAUAAGUUUGAUUUAUUGGAAAAUUCUUAUAAUUGGAAUAUUAAUGUGGAUUCGGAUAUUGCUUUUGCUAAGUUUUGCAGAGACAAGGGCCAUUUCCUGUACGUUGAUGCUUCAGAAGACCCUUAUUUUUAUGGUUAUUUAAUUGAUACAGAUGGAUUUAGUCAACUUGAUAAUUUGGCACAAGUCAAUUUAGAAUUAUACGAUUUUCCAAAUAAUCGCCAAUUAUGGGAAAAGCGUUAUAUUCAUCCAGAAUAUUUUGAAAAAGUUAGGGCUAAUGGAACAAUUGUACUACAAGAGUGUCCUGAUGUGUAUGAUUUUCCUUUUUUAUCGGAUCGUUUUUGUGAAGAACUUAUUCAAGUAAUGGAAAAUUAUGGUCAAUGGUCUGAUGGUACUAAUCAGGAUGCUCGGUUACAAGGUGGUUAUGAGAAUGUUCCAACACGAGAUAUUCAUAUGAUUCAAGUUGGGUUGGACAAACAAUGGUUAAAAAUAUUGGAUGAUUACAUUGCUCCUAUUCAAGAGAAACCAGUCCAAGCAGAUAUGAUGUUUGUUGUUAGAUAUAAACCGGAUGAACAGCCUUUUCUCCGUCCUCAUCACGAUGCUAGUACUUAUAGUAUUGAUAUGGCUUUGAAUAAACGUGGAGUUGAUUAUGAAGGUGGUGGUGUUCGUUUUCUUCGUUAUAAUUGUACCGUGGAAGCUGAUAAAGUUGGUUGGACAAUGCUUUUUCCUGGACGUUUAACACAUUACCAUGAAGGUUUGCCAACAACUAGAGGAACUCGUUAUAUUCUAGUCUCUUUUAUUAAUCCUUAA